AUCCGGAGCUGGUGGCCGUUUGAGCUCGUUGGUCCCGGGAUUGGUUUUUAGGUCCGGCCUCGGAAGACCCUACAGGGAAUUGUAGCCAUGAAUGAAGAGAACGCCAAUGGAACAAACGGCUGCGGCAAAGUGCGCACUGGUACUCAGAAUGAAGCGGCCUUGCUGGCUCUGAUGGAGAAGACUGGCUACAACAUGGUGCAAGAAAACGGUCAGAGGAAGUUUGGUGGUCCACCUCCAGGUUGGGAAGGUCCGCCUCCCCCCAGAGGCUGUGAGGUUUUUGUUGGGAAGAUACCUCGGGACAUGUAUGAAGAUGAGUUGGUUCCUGUGUUUGAAAGGGCUGGGAAGAUUUAUGAAUUUCGGCUGAUGAUGGAGUUCAGUGGUGAAAACAGAGGCUAUGCGUUUGUGAUGUACACCACUAAAGAAGAAGCCCAGCUAGCCAUCCGCAUUCUUAACAAUUAUGAGAUUCGACCAGGGAAGUUUAUCGGUGUGUGUGUUAGCUUGGAUAACUGCAGGCUAUUUAUUGGAGCAAUUCCCAAAGAAAAGAAAAAGGAAGAAAUCUUGGAUGAGAUGAAGAAAGUUACAGAAGGUGUUGUGGAUGUGAUUGUUUAUCCAAGUGCAACUGACAAGACCAAGAACCGUGGCUUUGCAUUUGUUGAGUAUGAGUCUCACAGGGCUGCUGCAAUGGCCAGGAGAAAGCUGAUUCCAGGAACGUUUCAACUUUGGGGCCACACCAUUCAGGUAGAUUGGGCUGAUCCAGAGAAAGAAGUUGAUGAGGAAACCAUGCAGAGAGUUAAAGUUCUCUAUGUAAGAAAUCUAAUGAUUUCGACUACAGAGGAAACGAUUAAAGCAGAAUUCAAUAAAUUCAAACCUGGUGCAGUGGAACGAGUAAAGAAACUUAGAGAUUAUGCCUUUGUUCACUUCUUCAACCGAGAAGACGCAGUGGCCGCUAUGUCUGUUAUGAAUGGAAAGUGCAUUGAUGGAGCCAGUAUCGAGGUAACACUGGCAAAGCCAGUGAAUAAAGAGAAUACUUGGCGACAGCAUCUUAACGGCCAGAUCAGCCCAAAUUCAGAAAACCUGCUUGUGUAUGCGAACAAAGAAGAGAGCCACUCUAAAACUCUAGGCAAGCCACCAGCUCUUCCCACUCGCCUCAACGGUCAGCAUAGUCCCAGCCCCCCUGAAAUUGAAAGAUGUACUUACCCUUUUUUUCCUGGAACAAAGCUUACCCCAAUUAGUAUGUAUUCUUUAAAAUCCAAUCAUUUUAAUUCUGCAGUGAUGCACUUGGAUUAUUACUGCAACAAGAAUAAUUGGGCACCACCAGAAUAUUAUUUAUAUUCAACAACCAGCCAAGAUGGAAAAGUACUUUUGGUAUAUAAGAUAGUUAUUCCUGCAAUUGCAAAUGGAUCCCAGAGUUACUUCAUGCCAGAUAAACUCUGCACUACGCUGGAAGAUGCAAAGGAACUGGCAGCCCAGUUCACGCUGCUUCAUUUGGACAGGGAACACAGUCUCUUCAGCCUGGACCUGUGUAGAAGAAUUUGGAGAAAAUAAGCAGGUCCUUUCUGAUGUUGCUUGAGCUUACUCUCCUGCAGUUGGUCUCAUUCCUGUUGGUUACAUGUUAAGUCCCAUGACAACAUAAAGUUGAUGCACACGUGUUGU